UAAUUGCAGUUUAAAGUCUAAUUUUGAGUCGGGAGGUAGGUUAACUGACAACAAGGUCAUUAUGUCAGACUAUCCUGAACCAAAAGACCUAAAGAUCUUAAUAACAGGGAAAACAGGAUCAGGUAAAACUUCAGUGGCAAACAAUCUGCUCAAAGAACGUGUUUUUAAGGCUUGUUGCCAGGCAACCUCAGUUACAAAAGAAUGUCAACGAAAAUCCAAAAUGAUGCAAGACACUUGGUUAACAGUUGUUGAUACACCUGGAUUCUUUGAUACAAACAAUGAUAUCGACAUCGACGCUGCAAUGGCAAAAUGCAUUGAAUUAUCUAUUCCAGGGCCUCAUGUCAUCCUUAACGUUGUGUGCAUAGGCCGCUUUACGGAAGAAGAUUAUGAUGCCAUUACAUUUUUUACUAAUAAAUUUGGAAAUAAUGUAAACAAACACUGUCUCCUAGUGUUAACGCGAUUUGACGAUUACAAAAGAGACAAUAUCACGACGAAUUUUGACUUUGAAAGCUUUAUAAGCGGUUUACCGCAUAAAUUUCAAUCCUUGUUAAGAAAAACCUUUGAGGACAGGUACAUUCCCUUUGAUAAUACACUCUCUGGAAGUAGUUCCGAUGAUCAGGUCGCACAGCUUAUGCAAAAGGUGGACAACAUCAUUGCUAAUAAUAACGGUAAAUGUUAUACAAAUGAGGAAUUCAAAAAAGCUGAAAUUGCCAUGAAAAAACAAAUAGAAGAUGAACGCAAGAAAAAGGAGUGCGAGAAAGAUGAAGAGAUAAAACGAAUGUGUAGUAUAGAAAUAGAAAAUAUCAGAAAAGGCAUUCAACAGGAACAAGACAAAAUGUUGAAACAGAUAGACAUGAAACAUCAACAGGAGUUGCGUAAACAAAGAGAACAAAAUGAAAAAGAGAUUAAAAAUCUUACUGAAAAAAUAGAACUUAUAAAAAAUGAAACGCAAAACGAAGUCGAAAGGAGCAAAACUUCUUCGUCAAAUUCGGAAAUCUUCAAUGGGAUUGUGACGAUGGCAAAGUUCGCCAAUAAUGCAUAUUCAGUUUAUGAAACAUUUAGAAAUAAUAGCAAAAGAACAUUUAACGAACAUCACCCGUCCUCAGAUUCGCCCAAAUCUGCGCAAAUAGAUUUAAAAUCAGAGAAUCUGCCUUCUGCCACAAGCAGCAUUGAAGCCGGAUCUAGUUUACGACCUUCUCUAAAUUUUGAACUUGCAAAUCGCGGCUUUUUUCCACAGUGGACGAUAAAGCUAGAUAAAGAACAACAUUAUAAUAUUUGACUGAAGUGUGCUAAAUAACAUAUGAUAAAGUCUGUAUUUAUAUUUGAGAAGUCAACUUAUCGUCCGUUUUUUGUGAGUUCUAUUAAAGUUUUAGAAUAGUUUUACUAUGUACAUUAUGUUCUAGGUUAACAAUACUUAUACUAAUUUGUUGAAUAAAGUUGAUAUCUUGAAUUCUUAAAAUACAAA